AUGAGUCAGCUCGCGCCUCUGCUGUUACAGGCGCAAUCACCAGAUCAUCAAGCUCGAGAGGCCGCCGAAGCAGAGUUAUUUCGUCUGGAAAACGAUGAAUACGUACGAUUCGUGCUUGAUCUAGUUGGGCUGUUGGCCGAUGGGACGGCGCCGAUUCAAGCGCGACAGUUGGCGGGUAUCCUGCUCAAAAACUCGCUCAGUGGGCGUUUUGGCUCCGCAAAAGAGGGCGCUACAGAGCGCUGGCUUGCUCAGAUUGGUGCUGCAGAGCGAAAGCAAGUACACUGUGUGCUUAUUCAGGCGCUGGGUACUGUACAGGGGGGAGCCUCAGUCCGACGACAGGCUGCGCAAGCGCUCGCUCAGGUUGCGGUGGUGGAGCUUCCGCACGGCCAGUGGCCCCAACUGAUCGAGCAGCUGGUCCAACCGCUGACCCAGGCUGGUUCUAGCGAUGCUCUGAAACACGGCUGUGUCGAGGCACUGGGCUACAUUUGCGAGGAACCGUCCGUCGCGGGGGUUAUCGCCCACCAGUCGAACCUGAUCCUAACGGCGCUGGUUCAAGGCAUGCGCGGCGAUCAUGAGACCACGCCCACCGAGCCGCCCGUUCCGAAGGAGAAUACGCUCGUUCGACGGGCUGCAACGACUGCGCUCUUCAACGCCUUGGCUUUCGUCGCACAGAAUAUGGAGAACGAAGUCGAGCGCGAUAUGAUCAUGCGCACCGUGAUGAUGGCGGCGGCUGAGCCUGCCGAUGCCGAGCUCCGACGCAGCGCCUACGAGUGCCUGGUUGGUAUAGCGAGCCAGUAUUAUGAGAAACUUGCCUGUCCGAGCCCCUCUAAUCCACCACUCACUUUUAUCGAGAUGGCUUUUCAGCUCACAUGUCAUGCGAUUCAGUACGAUCAGGAGGAUGUUGCGGUGCAAGCGAUAGAGUUCUGGUCAUCCGUGGCCGAUGUCGAGAUCAAGCGUCUGGAAGAGCAUCAACUCUUACAGAAUGGCACGCUAGAGACAGCGUACUUGGGGAUCGUGGAGCAGGCAGCGCCAGCGCUAAUUCCGCUCCUCACUCAGUGUCUGAUCCGGCGCGACGAGGACGAGGACGUCGAAGGCGAGAACUGGAAUCGAGUCCUAGCUGCAAGUGCAUGCGUUUCUCUGUUUGCGCAGGUCGCUCCGAAAGCAACACUGGAGGCUGCUGUGCCAUUUAUUCGAGAGCAUCUGGAUGUUCAACGGGAUUGGCGAUCCCACGAGGCGGCACUGGUCGCUGUCGGCUCCAUCGCAGUGACGUUUACGAGCGCCAACGACGAGCAGACCACACUGGAAGUUUUCGCGCUUCCCCUGCGGAUGCUGGAAACCGCGCAGAACGAGGCAGUCCGCGAUACAGCAGCAUGGAGCCUCGGUCGCUUGAUUGCCCAUCUGGUAACGCACCUCAAUGCGAAUGUCAUAGAAGCGGCACUGACCGCACUGAUGAGAGCGCUUGCGGAUACUCCUCGGGUUGCACGAAGUGCCUGUUACGCCCUCACCUCCUUGAUAGAAACACAACACGAGUCGGCGGAAGCGCUGGCAAGUAUUUCGGCGGCUACGUUGACGCUGGCGAACGCCUUGUGGCAGACGGCGCAACGCGAUGAUGCGGAUGAAUGGAACUUGUUGGCAUCGUCGUACGAAACGCUGAUUGCUUUGGUGCAGCAGAGCUCACCUGAAAAUGCCAGGUCACUAGCCCGAGAGUAUUUACCGCUCACCAUGCACAGCCUGGAAAGGGCGUUACAGGAAUCUGAUGCGAUGCUUGCAGCGUCUGCAAAUCAGCCAGCGUUCCAGAUAGAAAUUCAAGGCCUCUUAUGCGGACUCAUUCAGGUAUUCGUCCAGCAUCUUGAUCCACCGCUACUGGAGGGUACUACCUCUCGCCUAGUGGAGAUGAUUCUGCAAGUGCUCAAUCGAAAUCGUUCCGUUGCAGUGCACGAGGAUGCCUUGAUGGCCCUUGGUUCGAUUGCCUCCGCAGUGGAACACGCAUUUGCGUCGUAUGCAGCUCGCGCUAUGCCAUUUGUCCUCGCAAGUGUGCGCAAUUGGGAGGCCUACCAUGUUUGCGCGGUUGCAAUUGGCACAAUAAGCGAUAUCUGUAGGGCGCUGGAGAAGCGCUUCGAGCCCUUCGCAGCUGAAACCGUCCAAGUGCUGCUUGCGGCGCUCGAGAACACUCUCCUGAACCGGACAGUGAAGCCUCCAAUCCUCUGUUGUAUUGGGGAUAUUGCGCUGGCCCUGGAGGGAGCUUUCGAGCCUUACCUGGACCCCUGCAUUGCCGCUUUGCAACACGCAGCCUGGUCGACGUUGCAAACACCCGUGCUUGACGAUGAGACCAAUGAUUGGAUCCUGGAAAUGCGGCAGUGUAUUCUGGACGCUUACACGGGGAUUAUCAACGGAUUGAAUGCUGCUCAGAAAGCCGGGCUUCUUAUCGAUCGCCAGCAAGUUGAGUGGGUCAUCCGGUUCUGCGAGCAGGUCAGCCAAGAGGUUGUGGACGAUGAGGAUAUGCUGCGCGCAGUUGUGGGUGUCAUGGGUGAUAUCGGACAGACCUUUGGCCCGGCCGCGGUGUCCGCACUCCGUGAGCUCGGUUGGCUGCGCCCCAUUGUAGAAAAACUAUGUAUCAGUGGCCGUCGAAAGUCGACUCGAGAGACUGCCACCUGGGCGUUUGGGGUCCUGUUCAGCUGA